AUGACUACUGGGGCACGUCCAGCACUGUGCCACCAAUGGUAUGUCUUCAUCAGCCAGAAAGCGUACCAGGAGAGCGAAACACGCCCAGAGAGCUCCGUCUACACAAAAAUGAAGGGCACAGCAUUGCUGGGUGACAUGGUGCAGGACAUGGUGGAGUACGUCCGACCCUCGGAGGGUGGUGAUGUCAUCAGCACAAUCCUGCGCAGAGAGGUUACACACGACCAGCAGCAGGGGGUGUGUGCAGAGCAUUAUUCUGUUCCCAAAGCCAACUGCACAUCAGAUUCGGACUGCAAGGCAGGAGAGGUUAACUUUGAUGGCAACGGACCAGGAACAGGGCGCUGUAUACCUUAUUAUAACCAUACCUUUAAAACCUGCGAGAUCAAGUCCUGGUGUCCCAUUGAAGAAUUUGCAGCUGUUAGAGAGUCAGCCCUGGUGGAAGCCAUUAACUUCACAGUCUUCAUCAAGAACACCAUUCACUUCCCCAAAUUUAAAGUGCUCAGGGGCAACAUCAAACCAAACAAAGCAAGGUACCUGGGCCGUUGCACCUACAACGAGGUGACAGACCCCUACUGCCCCAUCUUCCGGCUGGGCUACAUCGCAGAGCAGGCCAGGGAGAAGUUCAGCGAGCUCUGCAGGACGGGAGGAGUGAUUGGGGUCUUCAUCAACUGGAAGUGUGACUUCGACAUAGAUCCCUCCAACUGCGUUCCCACUUAUGCCUUCCGGCGUCUGGACCUCCGCAAGAACCUGCCGAGCUCCGGGUACAACUAUAGGUUUGCAAAAUAUUACAGAAGGAAUGGCAAGGAAUUCCGUACUCUUAUCAAAGCCUUUGGGAUUCGUCUGGAUGUCAUCGUCCACGGACACGCUGGGAAAUUUAGCAUCAUUCCAACUAUUAUCAACAUGGUCACCGCUUUGACAUCAGUUGGAAUCUGUUCUGUCAUUUGUGACUGGAUUCUGCUCACGUUCAUUGACAAGAAUGAGGUCUACAGUGAAAGAAAGUUUGAUGAGGUCUCUGAAGAAUCGCCUCCACCCACAUUGACCGAGUUCACCCUCACAAGCUAUGGCUCCACCCACUCUGACCUAUCAGAAGGCGUGGCACUGUGACAUCAUCACUGUCAGCAUUUUAGAGGGCACAUUUCACUGACCCACAAAGAGCUUGCUGAGACCUUUCACUAUAAUCAAGAUUCUAGACUCCAGCAAAGCCCAGCUCAGAGAAGCAUUUCCUUAUGCCUACAAAGAUUAAUGAAAUUAUUUUAAAGUUAGCUCUACUAAGUAUUCUCAUUUACUCUGAGGAAAAUUUAAAAGCACCACAAAAAAACCCUAAAAACACAUAUUUGAAGUGAAACAUUCACAUUUAUCUAUCUGAGUUCUUUACAUCUAGAAUUUACCAUAAAUAUUUUUGAAAAACUUUGCUUUAUAGUAUGGAAGCUGACCUAAUAAACUCAGAAAGGGAAAGACAUAUAGACCAAUAUAGAGCAUAUAAUUUCAGUGAAAUAUCAGUACAUGAAAUUGAAAGUUAUUCUUACCAAUCCUUCACAUACCAUAUCUGUUAUAUGCAUAUGCCUAUAUAUAUAAACAUACAUUUACAUUUCCGCAUGUAGAAAGUCACAUUAAGAAUUUGCGAGGAGUUACGAGUCACAGAGUAUCAUGGUCUUCACUCAUUCAUGGAGAUGACGACUUACAAUCCAAUAAUUAACCUGCACCCUUAAUUACAUAAAUUCAUUACCGAAUUAAACAGCUGUGUGGUAAUUGCUCUGUAUUAAUAUUAUAAAAUUUAAUAUUGGAACCAUUUAGAAACAUGUUUGGAGGCCAGUAAAACCUGUAUAAACAGUACUCAUAAAAGGCAACCUUUCUGCAAAAUAUUAGUAGCUGGUUAUAUUUGUUAUACUGAUACAUCUUGCACUUUCUAUUUGUAUUGAAACAUUGAAAUGAACUUCAGGCUUUGGAUAAUAAUUAGAUAGCUGGAUGGCAUCUGCAGGACAUAAGGCUGUGGGGAAGAAAUAAGCCACAUACAACAUUAAUUUAAUACAAAUGUCUCCUACGGACA